CUAGUUCUCGCCGCCUGAUAACUGGAAUAGAAUAUCACGUUGCCAUGUUUAGUGAGUUAUAUAUACGAUGGAAGAAGGGCGCAAGCGACCCAAGCGAAACAAGAGGCUUGUGAUUGUUUAUUGUGGAUAUACCGUUGCAGCUGCAACUAAGAACAUUCCGUUGGCUGCUAUGUAUAAUUUGAAAUUAUAGCUCAGGCAUUCAAUUUCCAGAUGGAGGAAAUCAAAUCUCAGUUUGUAAAGCUGUACAAUGAAAACAAGAGAGUGUUCAAGGAAAUAGCCUUGAAGGAGGCCAACCUGAACUUUAUGACUCAAAAAAAAAGAAUCAUGGAAGACAUCAAUGCUGAGAAAAUACUGAAGUUGCAGGAAAAGAGACAUAUUUUGGAUGAUUUGCAAAACAGAGUGUUUCAAGAAAAGCGUCAGCUGUGCAGCAAAGUACGUAUAUUCUCAGAUGAGUAUGGACUGCUGGCCAUGAUGAAGAACCCAAAAGACUUUCCAUUUCAACACAGGAGAUGGCUCAACACAAGUCAAGGAAUCUGCAUUCAUGCGUGUGAGGAUGAGCAUCAGGUGGAAUCAAUUAUAGCAGCAGUGGAGGCUGAACUGUCUGUUGCAGAUACAAAACUGGAAGUGUCUAGAUUACAUUUGGCAUCAGUGCAGGAAGAGCACCUUCAUCUUCUCCCCAGUCCCACUGAUGGACACAAGCUUCAGGAGAUACAGGAUCUGAAGCAACAGACAGAGCUGCUAGAAGCACAGUGUGAAGCUGUGCAGCAGGAGUUGGGCUGGCAGUACCUCAUCUUGAAGCAGGCAGUUAAUGUAGAAAACAGUAGACAGAAAGCAGAUGAUACUGAACAGACUGCUGAAUUAUCUGGUUACACUGGCAUGGUUGUUGCAAAGGUGACAGGAUCCUUAGAAAACAGUACUGUGGAAAAUAAACAAGCUAUGUCUGCAGAGCCAGGUAAACCAGCCCGCAGACCAUUUGUUCCAAAAAUUCCAAGCAAGAUGUCACUGAGAGGAACUCUUCAAAAGACACCUUAUCUAGAGAAACAGGUGUCUGAUCUUCUUAACAGUGCCAAGCCUCCUGCAAAACCUGGAAAGUCAUGAAGUCGAAAUGGAUAUAGCCUCCAGAUUAUGCGAUAGUGAAGUUGACAUUUUGAUUCAUAAUAGGAUACAAUUUCUUCUCAUUAUACAAGUUCUGGUAAGAAGCUGUGAUGACUACUGUCUUCCUUAAAUGAAUAACUAUUCAAAACUUGAAAUAUCUGUGCGGCAUUUCCAUUUCUGAUACUUGAAGGUUAGCAGAUGAAACUGGGCUAAGCUAAUUUUUUAAUGCAGAAAUAGUAUAUAAUUUCUAUUACUAAUAAAAUUAAUAAUUAUAUUUAUAUUCUUUCAUUUUACAGAUUUUUGCGUGCCUAGUUAAAGUGGUUAUCAACUAAUAAAGUGUGAUCAUAGUUUUUUACUUUACAUUCCACAAGAAAAUAACUCCCAACAAAAGUGUGUAUUUCUUACUGUAUUCCAGUGUUCUACAUCCUGUCAGCUUUUGUUGAUAAGUCAUAUUCUGGUACACUCCAGCAGACACAAAAGGGAUCUUGUAAUCCUCACAUUUUUAAUUUGAGAGAAGAAAAUGGCAUGAGAUAAAUUCAGGAUGAGUGUAGGUGGUCUCAAACGUACGACCUUUUUGCAACUAGUCCAGUGCCAUACCCCUAGAUGAACCCCAACUAAUUCUUAUGUUUAUAUAAACAUGUCACAAAACCAAAAUCUGCUAUAUUCAUUGUAUAAGUACAGUUAAUAAGUACCAGCUAUUUGAAUGUGUCCCAUAUUUUAAAAACUAUGAACAAAUAUGGUAAAAAAUUCAGACGAGUUUCAUAUUGUCGUUAAUAGAAAAAUGAAUCCAGGAAAAGCCUCAGUUAUAUGCUUUCUUUUAUAAUUGUGAAAUAUAAAUUGUUUCUAGAGUAAUGUCAUUGUUUCAGACUAUUCAAAACUGAAAAAAUAAAUGUUUCAUACUGUUUCA